UGAAUUGUCACUUCCGUGGCUGCUUCGCCUGCCACCGUCCGUCCAUGCCUCGUCAGUCCCCGAGCUGGCCGUACUGUCGCCGCGUGCCUUGACUGCUCCUAUCUCUCCCCCUCCCCCUCCCACUUCGCCCCAUCGGACUUUCUUGACGGCGGCGGCUCUCGAUCGGCGGUGGGCAUUGCUCCUUCUCGGCGUGCACUGACACCACAGAUUGGCUGCUUAUUUCGGGACAGCACAACCCAUUGGUUCUUCAGUGAUGCCUCGGAGCAGGAGCCAUCUCAAACUAACCUCGCCUUGCUCCCCGAAGGCCGUCCACAAGGUCAUCUCCCGCUUCUCCCCCGAGAAGAAGCAGCUCGUGCGGUCAAUCGGUUUCGGGGGCCUACUGGAGCUGCCACUGCACAGGAAGGUCGGCCACAGGUUCUCCCUGUGGCUCCUCACCAAGGUAGCUCGAGAUGCCACUCGUGCUCAAUCUGCAGCAGCCGGCAAAGUUGCCGGCAUACCGUUCUACCCACACGAUGUCAGCAUAGUGUUCGGCGUGCCCUCCGGAGGACGUCCGGUGCCCAAGAAGGAUCAGGUUCAGGGGCUUGUUUCCGAUGAGGCCAAGGCGACCGUGCGCGGCGCGCUCGGCUUGGACGAAGGAGACGACAGCAGGCUCAGAAUCCUGCAUGCUGCAAAGCAUGUACUGAAGAAGAGAUUCCGUCGGGGAAUGGCGGAGAAGGACCGGGCUGCAUUCAAGGUCGCGUUCGUGGUCUUCGUUGUGGAGAAUCUGCUGGCUCCAAGGGAGGUGGACUCUAUAUCCCUGGACUACUUCAUGGCCCUGCGGCGUCCUGAUGAGAUUCAGACGUAUGAUUGGUCCGAGUACGUGAUUCGUGUCAUUUUGGACUCUGCCUGCCAAGUUCAGGCUGCUUUUGCUCAGGGGCGGCCUGUGGAGAAUCUGUUUGGAUGCAUUCUUUUCUUACAGAUAUUCUAUCUGGAUAACUUGGAUUUUGGUCGUGAGAAGAAUCUGCUGCAUGAUCACACACCACGAUGCAAGGCAUAUGACUACGACACGAUUAAGAAGCUUGCCAAAGCCGACCGCACCCGUUAUCGUGAUGGUGGUUUACGGUCCUUUGGAAGAAAGUCGGCACGAGAGGCCUCUGAUGUUUGUUACGAGCGUUCUAUCACUCGAUGCGGUAACCACGUGAACGGUGUUGUGGUUGGUUCAGCCGACGGUGGAGAACAGGAUGGCCACUCUGAUGAUAUAGUCUUCACGGAUGGUAGAGUUUUCAAUCAGAAAAUUUUAUGUGAAGUGUGUGGAGAUGUUGGUAUGGAAGAUCUUGUGAUGUUCUGCGCUUGCGGUGCUACUGUGCAUCAAUAUUGUUCAGACCCGGUUGUUCUUGAUGCAACAUUAGUAGAAUGGUCAUGUGAUGAGUGUCAGGCAAAGCAGGGCAAUGCCGCUGCUGACAAAUUAUCAGCAGAGGCGCUGAAUCGAAAGCGGCCUAGUCAUUAUCUAACGGAAAUUACAGUGGCAACAAACAGUGUCUCGAAAAAGGCCUGUGUGCAAAAAGGAGAUCAGGAAGAACAUUUCGCGUAAGAAGUCCAGUUCAUGUGCUUGCUGACGUUGACAGAUCAAAUUCUUUCUACCCAAGGGAUUGUUUAGAGGAACUUGGUUUUUUUUUUUCAAUUAUGAUCUGUGCAGAUUAAACCUUCUGGUUUCCUGGCUGCCUGUCUACUAGUACUAGAAUCGCGGCAUUAAUGAGGUGGAUAUAUGUCUCAAAAAGGUUUUGUAGUAGCCAUCUAUUUCUGAAACUUUUAGAUGUUCACGAACUGGGUUCUGUCCCUCGACUUGUGCUCUUUCUCACUUAAGGGAUUACCUACAUGUUUUAAGUAUCAUGUAGGAGUAUAAGUUUUGGCACAAAAAAAUAUUUGUGAUUA